CGAAAAGAGCCCGGAACCCUGCUUCCUGCCUCGCGUUUCCCUCCGGUGGGGUCGGAGCGCUGCAGUGGGCGCGCCAGCACCGCGGCCGUCGGACUCGGGUCACUAUGGCAACGCGGCGGGGCCGGAGGCUGCGGCGGACGGUCGUUCCGGGUGAGCCGCGGCCUUGGGCGCCUCGCGUGGGAGAGAAGCGCCACUCCGCGACGGAUUGGAGAUAAGAGAGCAGAGGAAGCUGCUCGAGUGCGGCGGGGGGAGCGCCCCCCGAGCGGAGCCGUGUGCGCGACGGGCGGGCCGCUGGCUCUCGGAAGCUUCUGGGCUCCAGUCCUCGCUCAGCUCCUUCGCUGCCUCGUUUUCUCAUCUGCAAAGUGGGAGAGCGCUUCGCGAGCCUGUUCAAAGGACCUGGCUCUCGUCGCUGCCCCGAUGAUGCUGCCGCCGCCCUCGGAGCAGGCCCUGGGCCAGCUGCUGGCUCGCAAGGAGGAGGAGUGGAGGGCGCUGCGGGCCCACCGCUGCCAGCUGCAGGAGGCCGCGCUGCAGGACGCGCACAGCCAGCUGCACGAGGCGCAGGGGGCGCUGCGGCGCCUGCGGGAGGACUUCGUCUACAACCUGCAGGUGCUGGACGAGCGGGACCGCGAGCUGGAGCGCUACGACACCGCCUUCGCCCAGGCCCGGGCCCGGGAGGAGGCGCGGCAGGCGGAGGUGAGCGAGCUGAGGGUGGAGGCGGCCCGGCUGAGGCGGGCGCUGGCCAGCGAGGCCCGGCGGCUGGACGACCUGCAGCGGCGACACCGGCUGAACUUGGAGGAGCACCGGCUGGAGCUGGAGCGCGCGCACAGUGAGAAGAACGGUGAGAUCGACCAGCAGCGGGAGCAGUAUGAAAACCUGAAAUGGAGGCUGGAGAGGAAGCUCGAGGAGCUGGAUGGUGAACUUGCUCUGCAGAGGCAGGAGCUGCUGCUGGAGCUGGAGUCCGAGAUGCAGAAGAGGGAGCACGAGUUCCGCCUGCAGGCCGACCGCAUGAGCAACGAGGUCCUGACACACGAGCUCAAGGUUAAACUGUUGGACAAGGAGCUCACGGCUCUGAAGGAAGCUGCAGCACAGGCCGCGGAGUCGCUGCGGAGCGCCGAGGCCGCGAACUCAGAGCUGCGGGACCAGCUGCAGCGCGGCGGGCAAGAGCUCAGGGACCUGGCGGCGGCCAAGGACGCGCGGAUCAAGGACUUAGAAGGCCAACUUCACUCGGAGCAGCAGGCCAGGAAGAAGGAGGAGGAGGCGUUCAGGAGGAAGCACGAGGCGCUGGACCACCUGGCCAGGGAGAAGGACGCGGUGCUGGUGGCUGUGAAGGGUGCCCACGUGGAGCAGCUGCAGGCGCUGGAGGCCAGGGCGCUGGAGUUGCAGGCCCACGGCGACAGCCUCGAGCUGCAGCUCCGCGGGGCAGAGCGGAGGCAGGCCGAGGCCUUGAAGGAGAAGGACGCCGCCAUGGACAAACUUUGUGAAGAGGCGUCGGCUCUAAAAUCGGGCUGGGAUGCCCAGGUCGCCCAGCUGUCCAAGGACCUGAUCUCCAAGGACCUUCAGAUUCAGGCGCUGCAGGAAGAGGCAGUGGAGCUCAAGGCACAGCUGGCCAGGUGCCAGCAGGACGUCGGAAGGUAUAAGCAGCAGCUGCUGGCGGCGGCGGAGCGGGAGCAGUGCCUGCAACGUGACAAGGUGCAGCUGGAGCUGGACUGGCGACACCGCUGUGACAGUCGCGAGAGGGACCACUACCGCGCGUCUGAGGACUUGCUGCAGGCUCUGACCGCCGCGCGGGACCAGGUUGCUGCCAAGCUCCAGGAGACAGAGCGGACGCUGUGUGACCAGGAGGUGGUGCUGAAGGCCUUGACCCUUGAGAGAGACCAGGCCGUGCAGGCGUUGAGGACACGCGGGCUUCUUCCUGAGAAGGAGGUGCUCCUAAGGCAUCGUGAAGAAGAAGUAAGUGAAAGUUUUCCAUCUAGUGAGAUCCAGAGGCUCCAGGAGCAAAACGCAAGCUUACGACGCGCUGUUGCGGAGAUGAGGGAGGAAAUGGAGACCCUGAACGACCGGGUUCUUCCUCCUGAGCAGUCAGGGGGUCAGCCCUCUGACCCCGCACAGCCCCUUCCAAAGGCAGCAGCUGAGGCCGUGGCUCCUGAUUACAUCAUGGUCCUCGAAACAGAAAUCAGAAAUCUGAAGCAUAAAUUUAAAACCCUGGAAGGACAGGUAGAAAAUGUGUUAGAUCCUUCGAAGAUGUCCUCAUCUCACUCUGACGUUCAAGCCAGCGUCCACAUCUUGGCCGAAGUGCCUGGAGGAGCCGUGCCGGCCGAUGGCACACCCAUGGGUCUAGCACUCGGGAGGCUCAGAAACAGGACACAUCUCCUGAACUUCCUGGUGGCCCGGCUCAGGCAGAAGGUGCUGCAGAAACCCCUGGGUGCGGACACCGUCCAGCACGAGCUGCCCCACGAGGUGGGCCAAGUGCACCUGGAGGCUUUGGAGCUGCAGAAGCAGGUGGCUGAGCUCGAGGAGCAUAUCGGGAGCCACUGGCGGUUACGCGCCUUGGACCAGGUGGCCCUUGCGAGGCAGGUCCCUGCAGACCAAGGACCCAUGGGGACCAAAGACCAGAAGCCACAGCCCCCGCAGGUGUCGUCUGUGCCCCGACUCCAGAGGAAACUGAAGGAGGCGGCCCGAGAAAUCGUCCGCCUCCGCCUGGAGAAGGAGCAGCUCCUGGAGACAGGAAACAGGCUCCGAGCGGAGCUGGGCCGCGGCCCAGGGAAACCACCUCAUCAACCCCUGCCCACUCCUGAGGCCUGGAACCAGAGUGGAGCACCUUUGGGGCAGGUGAAGCCCCACUCUGCAGCUCAGGGCUCUGAGAGCGCCGAGACAGAACGUUCCUCUGGACACCCCGGGGAGGCCCGGCCCCACCUGGCCCAGAGCGUCAGCAGAAGGUCCAGUCCGCCAGGCUGCACAGCAGGAGCUGAGGCCGGGUCGGGGCAGAGGCAACACGGGAUCUCCAGGGCGACUUACAGAUCAGCUCGGCAGAAGGAAAGCCGGUCCCCAAAGCCACACCUGGCUCAAGAAUCCCAUGAGGAAAAGAGCCACCACACCCGAAGCUCCUCAUCACCAGCCAGUGGUCCCCUCCAGGACACGUGGAAGUUACUGGACCUGGGAUCCAGCCCCUCCGGCCUCACGUCCCAGGACGACUCUGUGCCAGCCCAAACGUUUGCGGAGCCUCUGGCCACUGCUGCACAGGGUGGGCGUGAGCUUCCCGGCGGUGGCCUCCCGCAGCAGCUCCUGGAGGCCGGAGGUCGGGGCCGUGCAGUCAGAGGUGGAAUCAUAGGCCCAGAAACGCUAGGUUGCUCACCCGAGGCUCCCAGCUCCCUGGUAGCGGAUCGAGACCAGAGUCCAGGCCGUCGGACUUCAGACCCUGACCCCACUGGCCCAGACGAGUCCCAGGUGCGGGUGCCCGCAGGCCCCAGGCAGCGGGCGGUGGGGCGAAGGCGUGCAGGGGCCGUGCCGACCGUGUGGGGCAGCGACGGGCUGGCGGGUGUGCCCCGUCCGGGAUGAUGCCACCCUACUUCUGUUCCUCGGGGGGAGAUGGCCGACAAGCCAGAUCUUCCCGUUUUCCGAAAGAACUGGAAAUCUUGCUUUUUACAUAGAACGUUUUCGUUUUUGAAAAUUGGCAACUAAUUAAAAAAUCAGAGUGUGGACCAAAUCGCAGCUCAGUCCGCGAGCUACGCCUGCGGUGAGCCAGAUCCAGCCGUGCCUGGUAGCGUGUGGUCUUGUAGCCAGGAGCCGCAUUACCACGUUCACGAUUUUACACGCUUGACAAAAGACAAAGAAAAUGCUCCGAUGACCCGGACCGGCCAGAUCGGCCGGGUGGGCUCCAGAGAGAGGCCCGGCCUGUGGCCAAGGGCCGUCCCAGACUGGGGCGUCAGGUGACUGCUGGUAUAACUGGGGUUCCCUUUACUCGAGGGUCGCGGUACGUUCCCGCGUGACCAUACUGCAGGGCAAGCGCAGCAGGCCCUCCUGGCCUUGUCCACCUGUCCAUCCCGUGGUGUGUCGCCUGCCUCUGGCUAGGGACGAGUGGGCCCCCGGGUGCCAUCUCAUCUGUGCCCUUGUGUUCUUGAGCGGAGACCACUCCACGCCUUCUCUGGAGGGAUGCGUGUGCUUUGGACCUUCCUCUGAAAUCGGAUUGAUUUGGCCGUGGCUCUGAGGACAUGAAAACGCACUGUAGGCACGGGACCUUAGAGUUACCUUGUCCACACACCAUCAAGACCAGGAAUACUACCAUCUGACCUCCCCACAGUCGUGUUUGCGUUUCUGGUUGAGCGCAGGAGGGCAGGCUGAUGGCCCAGCACUGUUUUUGAGUGAUAGCCACCUUGUGAUAAGUAAGAAAAGCUUAAAAUCACAUAGAGUAGGUGACCUCAGAGAACAGCUUGUGGUCCCAUUGUAAACACACCUGGAACAUUACAUUCUGUUCUUUAGCACACUAACCAGAGAACGCUUCUCGGGUCUGAGAACCUUUCUGGAAUGUGAGCGGCAGUGAGGUGGGCAGCCGCGGCAGAGCCUCGUGAGACCUCACUCAGAGACCAGCAGCCCGAGCCACGGGGAAGGAAGCCAGCUAGGGCCAGGGAGGGCUUGUCCUCUGCACCAGAAAGAUGUCCUGAUGCAAUCGCCAGUCAGGGCUCGUUGGCUGGGCUCCAGGAACACAAGCUGGAAACAGGGCGAGUUGCUUCCCACUGGAGGGCCUGGCACACACGCCCACCGACCACUGCCUCGGAGACCUCGUGAGGCAGAUCGGGUUGGGAGCUGUCCACGAGAGCGGGGAGACUUAUUCAGCACUGUGACUGUGACGGUCCCAGGACCCCAGGGGGUGACAGAUCCUGCCCUCACUGCCCAGCACCCUUUAUCUCUUUGGCUCUGCCUGUCACCGCUGUCAGGACAGGAGUGGAUGUGAGCACCCACACACCAGUGAAAUCGCCACAGGUUGGCGUCUGCCGCCCCUCAGCGCCAUUGUGAUCACGGCUAAAGAAGGUCCCAGAACGACGUUCUGGUCAAAGGAGGGAGCGGCCCUGUGUUCUGAACGGGUGAGCCACGCCAGCUGCCUGCCCACGCCAAUUAUAACCCGAGGCUUUUUAAGAAGUGCGGAGUAUCCUCUAAACUUCUUGAGAAGCGUCGUCAAAUAGAUCUUUGUUGGCUCUUCUCUUGACCGUACUGUGGUGAAACAUUUACUACCACUUGGGAAACGACUGGUAUUGAAAUAACUUUUACAACAGAGUAAAUACUUUAAGAAAUAGUGAAAUCAGCUUAUUCUUCCACAGUAUGUAUUCUGGGGCCACAGCAUGGCUAGCCCUCACGUCUUCAGGCUAGGCUGUUAUAAGGACUAGACUUUAACACCCCUCCAUAAACAACUAGAAAGUUGGGCAAAAUAUAUGAAACGACUGUUUUCGGACAUUGGCCAACAGCAUCGGACUAUGGUCCGUAAAGGAAGGAAGACCAACGAGGCAAGUUCCAGGACCCCCUGGCUUCCUGUCUGAAGGCAGUUUCUGGGCUGCAGUCGUAGGGAGGGGGGUGCCAAAUAGAACUCAGAAGCCGUACUGAGUUGGGGAAAUGGGAAUUGGAGUUUGGGAAGGCAGAAGGGGCUGGCAGUUGCAGGACAGAGUCCAGAAAGGAGGGUAUAUACAGAAGAGAACUCCAGAAACCUGCAUAGACAUUCUCUUGAGUCCUCACUGCGUGUUAGCCCCAGAUGUAUAGAAUAAAGCUCCACAGGGGCGCCUGGGUGGCGCAGUCGGUAAAGCGUCCGACUUCAGCCAGGUCACGAUCUCGCGGUCCGUGAGUUCGAGCCCCGCGUCAG